UAUAUGGGAAACAGCAUAUCAGCCCUUGUCCUGACCAGAGGCACGAAGGGGAACCAAAACGGAAGACCACAGUCCUCUACACCUUGAGAGGCCCCUGGGACUGUUAUGGUUUCCCCGGGGAAACCACAGAAACCUAAGGGAGGGCAGGCUACCCCUUCUGCCCUGGAGACCCUGAUUUUCAGUCAUGAUCACUCUUAAGCUGUAAGGUAAACUUGGAGACUGAGGAGACAGUUCAGUCAGGAAAGCGCUUGCUCUGCAAGCGUGAGGACUAGAGUUCAGUCUCUGCAACCUGCGUAAAAAGGCAGGUGUGGUGGCACAUACCCAUAAUCCCAGUGUUGAGGAGGCAGAGCCAAGAAGAUCGAGGGGGUUGGCUGAUUAGCAUAUGCAGACAUACUGGCACACAGGUCAGCACUUCUGCAGAUACGACCACACCCUCUGCCCCAAAAGCCAUAAAGUAUAAUUUUAAAAUACAGAUAGAUGCCCAAGUGCCAGUUCAUGCCUGCUAAGUGGGUAUGUCUGGCUCUGGGAGAAUCCAAUACACAGUAGGACUGAGAACCCAGACCCCAAGGCACCAGCUCUGAGCUCAGGAAAGACUGGACAGGGCUGCAGGAGACUCACUGCAUCUGCUUUGGCUUCAGAGUCUUCCCGAAAAUAUUAGCUGGAGCCAGGUUCUGGGUGAUAGAUAAGACUUCAUUCGUAGAUAGGUCUAAUAAGGAAGGUCUCCUGAGAUUCGAUAUAGCAUGCUGGUGUUGGUGGUCCUGGGGCGUGUGUGAGUGUGUGCCUGCUUGUGCGUGUGUUUCACACACAGGUGAAUGGAGAUGUGCAUUUGUGUGUGUGUGCAUGCAUAUGUGUGUGUGUGUGUGUGUGUGUGCAUCAGCACACAUAGCACCAAGGCCAGAGGCAAGGGUCCUGCACACUCUCUCUCUCUCUCUCUCUCUCUCUCUCUCGCUCUCGCUCUCGCUCUCGCUCUCUCUCUCUCUGCUCUCGCUCUCCCUCUCUCUCGCUCUCUGCCUUAUCUCCCCAAGACAGGCUAUCUCCAAUCCUGGAGUCUGGCUGUUGGUCAACAAACCCCAGCAGUCUUUCUCCCUCCACCUCCCAAGGCACUGAGAUCACAGGUGUGCCUUGGCUUUGAUGUGGCUUCUGGAAAUUUGAGCUCGGUCAUCACAUUUGUCGUGCUUGAGCCACAAACACUCUGACCCUGAGCAUCUCCCAGGCCUUGUUGGGGUUUUGUUUCUUUAGGUGGUGGGUUUCCUUGAACUCCCAUCUCUUCUGCCUCAACUCCCCAAGGGUUGGGAUUUGGGGAUUUUGGGUUUACAGGUUUGGGACACAUCUUUUUUUCUUUUUGUUUUUAUUCCUCCUCCUCUUCUGUUGUUUAAGAAAAACAAAUAAACAAACAAACAAUUCAAGGUCUUACUAUGUAGAUACAGCUAGCUUAGAAUUUAGCAUGUAAACCAGACAUGGCCUCAGAUUUACAGAGAUUAACCUGCUUCUGGCCCCUAAGUGCUGAGAUUAAAAGAGUGCACCACCAUGCCUGCCCCUUGUUUGUUUUGAUGAUUGAUUUUAUUUAUUACUUGUGUCUGUGUGAGUGUGUGUGUGUUUAUGUGUGGGGUGUGUGUGUGUGUGUGUGUGUGUGUGUGUGUGGUGUAUGUGGUAUAUGUGUGGAUUGUGUGUGUGGUGUGUGUGUAUGGGUUGUAUGUGGGGUGUGUAUGUGUGUGCUUGUAUGUGUAGGUUGUGUGUGUGGUGUGUGUGUGGGGUGUGUGGGGGGUGUGUGUGUGGUCUGUGUGUGUGGUGUGUGGUGUGUAUGUUUGUGUGGGGUAUGUGUGUGGUGUGCGUGUAUGUGUUUAUGUGUUGUGUGUGGUGUGUGUGUGUGUGUGGUGUGUAUGUGUUUAUGUGUUGUGUGUGGUGUGUGUGUGUAUGUGUGUGUGGUGUGUGUGGGUGUGGUGUGUGUGUAUGUGUUUAUGUGUUGUGUGUGUUGUGUGUGUUGUGUGUAUGUGUGUGUGGUGUGUGUGUGUUUAUGUGUGGUGUGUGGUGUGUGUGUGUGUGUGUGUGGUGUGUGUAUGUGUUUAUGUGUUGUGUGUGGGUGUGUGUUUGUGUGUGUUUAUGUGUGUGUGUGGUGUGUGUAUGUGUUUAUGUGUUUAUGUGUUGUGUGUGUUGUGUGUGGUGUGUGUGUGUGUUUGUGUGUGUGUGUGUGUGUGUGUGUGUGUGUGUGUACCUCAGAGCCUUUGGGGCUGGGGUUCUGAGCCUGGAAGUGCCCCAAGUGGGUGCUGGAGACCAAAUCAGGCAUCCUGGGAGAUCACCUCCGGCGGCUGUGUGGCUCCUCUUAUUUAUGUUUAAAGCAGAGUGAAAACAGAGUGUCAUUCUAUGACUCAGGCCAGCCUAGAACUCUGUAGCCCAAGCAGGUCUUGAACUCAAGGCCUUCUUCUUACUUCGGCCUAAGUCCUGAGUCCUAAGAUUGCCGGUGUGAGCCACCGGGCCCAAGUUUUUAAAAAGGGGAAAGUGCGGUUGGGCAAAGAGGGUGAGCGCUCCUUGGUGAGGGCAAAUCGAGGAAGGCUUCCUGGAGGAGGUGGUAGCUGAGUUUGUCCUUGAACUCAGCUAUAAGAGAAAGAGAGGCAGGAGAGGACUAUCAUUCCAAAGUGAGAGAGAGAAAGAGAGAAAGAGAGAGAGAGAGAGAGAGGAGACAGGAAGACAGACUCAGAUCAGAGUUUGCAGUUAGGCAAGCAGGAGCCUUGGAGUCAUAAGAUAAACCCAGCAUCGAAGCUCCCUGAGAGAAAGGGGGUGAGUGGGGGUGAAGGUGGUAGCUCAUACUUGUGAUACCAGCACGCCAGAGGCUGAGACAGGAGGAUUGACAUAAUUUGAGGCCAUCUUGGCCUACCUUGUGUCUGGACUACAGAGUAGACCACAUCUCAAAGGAAAAGAAGGGGGGGGGGCGUUGCAGCUGAAGAGACGGCUCAGGAGCUGCAGCCGGGCAAUGGUGGUGUAUGCCUUUAAUUCCAGCACUGCGGAGGCAGAGGCAGACAGAUUUCUGUGGGUUCAAGGUCAGCCUGGUCUAUGUGGUGUGUUCUAUACAUAGCGCUACACAGUGAAACCCUGACUCAAAAAGAAAAAGAAAAGAAAGAAAGAAAGAAAAAAGGGGAAAAAAACAAAAGAAAAAAAUAAAAAGAAAGAAAAGGGAAAGGAGGGAGGAGGAAGGCGCACUGUCAUUUGCCCCACAGUGGUUUUGGUUUUUUGCUUUUUCAAUCUGACUUAGUUGCCAAUAUUUAAAAAAUGUGGUCACUUCCUAUCCAGAUGCGGAUUCCUGACUCUGGAUGCUCUGGGCCUUUCUCCACUCCUGGCUGUCCCCUGUCUGAAGGGUGUGGGCUCUCCACUGGGCCUGGUUCCCUUCUCUCCUCCUGUCUCCUCUGGUGGUAACCCUUUGGUGUCCUCCCCUGUGGAGAUGUCUCCACAGGGUUCCAGCAGAGCUGGCCAGCACAGGCCCUGGUCUUUGAGCUGGUGUGGGCUGAGCCCUCCGAGGCAGGGCAGGACAGGCUCUGGUAACCUGGGAAUGUUGGGUCGUGCAGUAGAUAUUCAUGUAGACUCUAGUUUUUGGCUGGAAAACAGGCUUAGAGCAGUCUCAGGUUAGUGCCACCAGUGUCUUGUUCCCGGGAGGUCACAGGGUUGGAACGUUAUUCCACAGAGCCUUGAAUGUAAAUUCUGCUCUCCCCUUAACUCCCACUACCCAGGGUGUUUGAAGGAAGCAGGGGGAGAAAUAGGGACUUGGGAGAAGGGCCCUGCAAUACAGUGGCCCAGGAGCCUGGAGAUGAGCCACUAAUGCUGACCUAAUGCUCCAGAGGCAGAGUGGCCCCUCUGCUCCUGCAGUGGUUUGGGAAAGCAGAGGCAAGGAGCUCCGGUUGCAGCAAAAUUUAGGUUAGGUAACAGUGUUGGCUUUCCCCAUGGCUGAAAGUUUCGCAUCAAGGAAGAGGUUGUUGGUGGCCAAUUCUGGGCUUGGAGGCUUUAACAAAUUUUUUAAAAUUGUAUUUACAUAUUUACAUAUGCAUGUGUGUGGCUCAGAAGACAAUUGGCUGGAGUUGGAUCUCUACUCAUCGCGUGCGUGCGUGCGUGCGUGUGUGUGUUUAUGUGCGUGCGUGCGGGCUCAGGAAUAGAACUUAGGUUGCUAGGCUUGCAGGGCAAACAUUUUAUCCACUGAACCAUCUCACCGGCCCUUGAGAUUUUGGUGGAGAUGUCUGGAGGAAAGAGGAAUCUGCACUGUGAUUUGAGAUCCAGGCCCUGGGUUUGGGAACUGCAGAAACCACAGUAUGCAACUGCCUGACGGAGGAUGAGGAUGUCCAAGCCAUGCUGCGGGGCUCCAAGCUCCUCAAGAUCCGCUCACGCACGUGGCACAAGGAGCGGCUGUACCGGCUGCAGGAGGAUGGCCUGAGCGUGUGGUUUCAGCGGCGCAUCCCCCGCGCAGCUUCGCAGCACAUCUUCUUCGUGCAGCACAUCGAGGCUGUCCGGGAAGGCCAUCAGUCGGAGGGCCUGCGGCGGUUCGGGGGCGCCUUUGCGCCUGCGCGCUGCCUCACCAUCGCCUUCAAGGGCCGCCGCAAGAACCUGGACCUGGCAGCGCCCACUGCGGAGGAAGCGCAGCGCUGGGUGCGAGGGCUGGCCAAGCUGAGGGCGCGCCUGGAUGCCAUGAGCCAGCGGGAGCGGCUAGACCACUGGAUCCAUUCCUAUCUGCACCGGGCCGACUCCGACCAAGACAGCAAGAUGAGCUUCAAGGAGAUCAAGAGCCUGCUGAGGAUGGUCAACGUGGACAUGAAUGACAUGUACGCCUACCGCCUCUUCAAGGAGUGUGACCAUUCUAACAACGAGCGUCUGGAAGGGGCUGAGAUCGAGGCUUUCCUCCGGAGGCUGCUUAAACGGCCCGAGCUGGAGGAGAUCUUCCGCCGAUACUCCGGCGAGGACCGGGUACUGAGUGCCUCUGAGCUGCUGGAGUUCCUGGAAGACCAGGGCGAGGACGGUGCCACCCUGGCCUGUGCCCAGAAGCUUAUCCAGACGUAUGAGCUCAACGAGACAGCCAAGCAGCACGAGCUGAUGACGCUGGAUGGCUUCAUGAUGUAUCUGUUGUCGCCUGAGGGGGCUGCGCUGAACGUGGCCCACACGUGUGUGUUCCAGGACAUGGGUCAGCCCCUGGCCCACUACUUUAUCUCGUCCUCUCAUAAUACUUACCUGACUGACUCUCAGAUCGGAGGGACCAGCAGCACCGAGGCCUACAUCAGGGCCUUUACCCAGGGAUGCCGCUGUGUGGAACUUGACUGCUGGGAGGGGCCGGGAGGGGAGCCCGUCAUCUACCAUGGGCAUACCCUUACUUCCAAGAUUCUCUUUCGAGAUGUGAUCCAAGCUGUGCGUGACCACGCUUUCACGCUGUCCCCAUAUCCUGUUAUCCUGUCCCUUGAGAAUCACUGCGGGUUGGAACAGCAGAUUGUCAUGGCUCGCCACCUUCGGAACAUCCUGGGAGACAUGCUGGUGACACAGGCCCUGGACUCCCAGAACCCCGAGGAGCUGCCGUCUCCUGAGCAGCUCAAAUGCCGGGUCUUGGUGAAGGGGAAGAAGCUGCCAGCUGCUCGGAAUGAGGAUGGUCGAAUUCUGUCAGACAGGGAGGAUGAAGAUGAAGAUGAAGAGGAGGCAGAAGAGGCUUUGGAGACUGCAGAGCAGAGGAAGCGAGCCAAACAGAUCUCCCCAGAGCUCUCAGCGCUGGUUGUGUAUUGCUGUGCUACCCGCCUGCGGACCCUGGAGCCUAGUCCUGGUCCACCUCAGCCUUGCAAGAUUGGCUCCCUCAGCGAGCGCAAGGCCAGGAAGUUCACCAGGGAGGCAGGAACCAGUUUUGUCAGGCACAACACUCAGCAACUGACCCGAGUGUACCCACUGGGGCUGCGGAUGACCUCGGCCAACUAUAACCCCCAGGAGAUGUGGAACUCGGGCUGUCAACUGGUGGCUCUGAACUUUCAGACUCCUGGCUAUGAGAUGGACCUCAACACGGGGCGCUUCCUCAUAAAUGGGCAGUGCGGCUAUGUCCUGAAACCCGCCUACCUCAGGCAACUCAACACCACCUUUGACCCCGAGUGCCCUGGACCCCCCAGAACUACUCUGACAGUCCAGGUGUUAACGGCCCAGCAGCUGCCCAAGCUGAAUGUAGAGAAGCCCAACUCCAUUGUGGAUCCUCUGGUGCGUGUGGAGAUCUACGGGGUGCCUGAAGACUGUGCGCACAAGGAGACGGACUAUGUGCUCAAUAAUGGCUUCAACCCCUGCUGGGAGCAGACUCUGCAGUUCCAACUGCGGGCCCCAGAGCUGGUUCUGGUGAGGUUUGUGGUAGAAGACUAUGAUACCACCUCCCCCAAUGAUUUUGUGGGACAGUUUACACUGCCCCUCAACAGCCUGAAGCAAGGGUACCGCCACAUCCACUUGCUGUCCAAGGAUGGAGCCUCGCUCUCUCCAGCCACACUCUUCGUUCACAUCCGCAUUGAGAACUCUUGAGGGCAUCGCCGACUUACCCAGGUGCUGGUAUCAUGCCACAGAGCCCUCUCUGGAGCAAGGGACCAUGGGAGUACCAACCCCUCCCGCCAGAUCCUUGGUCACCAGGUGCUGAGCACACCUGGGUGCUGACGCUCUUCCGUCGCUCAGUGAGAGAUAGGACCGUGAUUGGUGUCCUGUCCAGUGGAUUUCAGGGGCCUCCAACCUUGGGGCCUGGAGGUGGUCUCAGAUUCUUCGACUUGAGGAGGACACGAGUCCCUCUGCCCUCCAGCGGAGUCAUCUCAGCCUCCGUCCCCGAAAAGGGCAUAGCCACCCACACUGCCUCCUUUCAGGGCCCCCAGAGCCUCCCUUUAGGCUUUCCUGGCUUCUCCUUUGCUUCUUGACUCAGGUGGGUGGGGAGCAGAUGAGCCUGGGGAGAACCUGGCAGUGGGUUUGUAACUUGUGUCAUAGAAGAGCCCUGGAGAGGGCAGGAGAGGAACUAUUUUAAAAAAUAAAGAAAGAGUGUACCUUU